GCACAAAAAGCAGGAAGCAGACAGAGCCCCGUGUGCGGUUAGCUCGGAGCUAAAGCUAAAAACACUUUGUUAAAAUGUCCAAAGGCCAAACGCUGAGAGCUUUGGUGAAUGAGCGGCUGACUGCGGCUGCUGAAGAGAUCUUUGCGCUGUUUGAAAGAACGAUAGCGGAGUAUGAGGAGGAACUGUGUCGCUCCAAAGAGGAGAACCAGAGGAACCAGGACACUCCACAGACUCCACGGAUUAAAGAGGAGCCAGAGGAGCAGAGCGUCAAACAGGAGGAAGACACGCUCCCAGCACAGCUCCCAGUGGGCAUCCCAGAGUUCAGUGCUGUCUGUGUGAAGACAGAAGAGUCCUCACUGCUUCAUCAUAAACAAACUGAGCACAGAGAGGAAACACAGGGAGAGGACAUCAGCACAGAGCCACAUUUACACUCAGAGACUGAGGGACACAUGGAGCACUCCUCUGACACUGACAAUGAUGAAGACUGGAGAGCUCCAAUCAGCUGUUCAGCCGCACAGAUGGAGACAGAGGCUGAUGGAGACCACUGCAACCAAGUUCAGAAAGGCCAAACGCUGAGAGCUUUGGUGAAUGAGCGGCUGACUGUGGCUGCUGAAGAGAUCUUUGCUCUGUUUGAAAGAACGACAGCAGAGUAUGAGGAGGAACUGUGUCGCUCCAAAGAGGAGAACCAGAGGAACCAGGACACUCCACAGACUCCACGGAUUAAAGAGGAGGCAGAGGAGCAGAGCGUCAAACAGGAGGAAGACACGCUCCCAGCACAGCUCCUAAUGGAGAGUGUGAAGACAGAAGAGUCCUCAGUGCUUCAACACACAGAGCACUCCUCUGACACUGACAAUGAUGAAGACUGGAGAGCUCCAAUCAGCUGUCCAGUUGCACACAUGGUUUUAGCCCAAGGACCUGAUAAGAAGAAACACCAGUGUUAUGUGUGUAAGAAGAGGUUUGGGACUAAGCAAAUUUUACGAGGACACAUUAGAAUUCACAGAGGAGAGGGACCAUUCAGCUGUUUAAUUUCUAAGAAAAUAUUUUCUGCAGAGGCCAGUCUAGAACGACCUUACAGCUGUUUAACCUGUAAGAAAACAUUUACCCAAAAAUCCAGUCUAAAUUACCAUGAAAAGACACACACAGGAGAUAAACCAUUCAGCUGUUCAACAUGUGAAAAAACAUUUACCAAAAGGUGCAGUCUGGUUGCACAUAUGAGAAUACACACAGGUGAGAGACCAUUCAGUUGUUCAAUAUGUGAGAAGACAUUUUGUGAUAAGCGUGCUCUUGUUCGACAUCUGAGAACACACACAGGAGAGAAACCUUACAGCUGUUCAACAUGUCAGAAAACAUUUGCCAUAAAGGGUAAUCUAGAUAAACAUGAAAAAGUACACACAGGAGAGAAACCUUACAGCUGUUUAACCUGUGGUAAAACAUUUACCCAAAAAGCCAAUCUAGAUUCCCAUGUGAAGAUACACACAGGCGAGAAACCAUUCAGCUGUUCAACAUGUGAAAAAACAUUUACUACAAAGCGCCAUCUAGAUGCACAUAUGAGUGUACACACAGGAGAGAGACCAUUCAGCUGUUCAACAUGUGAGAAGACAUUUUCUGAAAAGUAUUCUCUUGUUCGACAUCUGAGAAUGCACACAGGAGAAAGACCUUACAGCUGUUCAACCUGUGAGAAGACAUUUGCCAUAAAGGGUAAUCUAGAUAAACAUAAGAAAAUACACACAGGAGAGAAACCUUACAGCUGUUCAACCUGUGAGAGGACUUUUGCCAUAAAGGGUACACUAGAGCAACAUGAGAAAACACACACUGGUGAGAGACCUUACAGUUGUUCCAUUUGUAAGAAAGGGUUUAAACUUAGACAGUAUUUGAAGAAACACAUGAAAACUCACACAACAGAAAGUGACUGAAGGCUUAUUGGUUGUGUUCAUGACAUCUUUGUAAUUCUUCAGUUGUCCAGGUCUGAUCCAUAGCAGAAGAUGAAGUUUAAAUCUGUCAAAUGGACAAAUUGUUGUUUCCUCAGAAAGACAAUCCUUAAACAGGAAUGGGGGCUUUAGACAUCAUCUAUCCCCCCAUCUAUUACUCCAUCCUCAGACCCAAGCAGAGAAGAAUAGCAGGGUUGAAUAGAGAGUUUCAGCUGAAACUGGAGACAAUAGCUGUUUACAGUGUCAGUGUAGUUAGCCCCUCCCUUCAGACAGACUUAAGGCAAUGUCCACCAGCAAUCUGAACAGAACUGAAGAAUAGGCUUGGAUGAGCAGCCAAACAUCUUCACUCCAACAACAAUUUGUUCAGUUGACAGAUUUAUGUUGAAAUGUGAAUGAUGUUUAAACAAGGCUAAAACAAUAGCUGUAUAACUCCUAAAUUUGGUAAAUCAGUGGAGCACUUCCUGUAUUACCACUAAGUGACAUCACAAGGUGGAGUGUUUUCUGUUUGAGAGAAGAACUCCACCUAAGCCUGCAGAGUUUGUGUGUUAAAUAUGUGUGAAUGAAACAAAAACAACUUCAUGUCUGUUUGUGAUGAGGAAACUGCAUUAGAACAGAUCAGAAAAUAGCCUAAUAUGAGCCCUUUAAAAUAACUGUGAUUUCAAUAAAGGCCU